AUGGCUUCUCGUGCAGCGAGCAAGAUUGUUCGUAAAACCAAAAGUGCUGUGGACAAUGUCAUCCACCCUCCAUAUUUGCGGGUCGAUAUACCAGCUCAGCAAGCCAGACCUGCUCCACCCCUGGGACCACAGUUAGGCAAGCGGAACAUCAAUGUUGCAAACUUCUGCAAGGAUUUCAAUGAGAGAACUAAGGAUAUCAAGGAGGGCACCCCGAUACCUUGUCAUAUAACGGUAAACCCUGAUCGCUCGUAUAAACUGGAAAUGACGCACCCUCCUUCCGUUUAUUUACUUCGACUGGCGGCGGCGACAAAGAAGGGGUCCGCCGAUUCAGGAACAGAAGUAUGUGGUCGUCUGACUCUGAAGCACAUCUACCAUAUCGCAGAGAUGAAAAAGCAGGAUCCAAAAUAUGUGACACAGGAUCUAAAGAAGAUCUGCACCACUUUGAUAGGAAAGGCACAUCGUCUGGGGAUCGAAGUGAUUUCUAAAGAGGCACUUGAUUCUGGCCAGACCGAUCACUCCCCCGCUGGCUAUGCCGAGUUCUUGGAAAAACGAGACCAAUAUCUGGAGGAAAAGAAGAAGGCUGCUGACGAGAAGAAACAAGCGAAAAUGUUGCGGCUUUGAUAUCACCUAGUUUGUACCUGAAUGCCCUAUCUUCACAGAAACAGUAUCCUGGUGAUUCGCUUCAAUGAAUUUGCUCGAAGUGCUCAUAAUUCUGUUUUUUUUUGCCGUGAUUUUCCUGUAUCAGG